CGACAUCUCAUCCUCCCACUUUCCUUUCUCCUCCUCGAACGAUGCACAGAGUCGCCCUCAGGAACUCCGUCCGCGCAGCUGCGCUGGCCGCUACCAAAAGCGCUGCCCGCAGCACGCCUGCUGUUUCUCGUUCAUACGCGACAGCAAAGGCCGCUGCGUCUGAGGUCUCUUCGAUUCUCGAGUCCCGCAUAGCUGGCACUUCCGUGGGCGCAAAUGUGGAGGAAACCGGGCGCGUCUUGAGCGUUGGUGACGGUAUCGCACGUGUCUGGGGUCUCAAGAAUGUGCAGGCCGAGGAGAUGGUUGAGUUCUCUUCUGGUAUUCGCGGCAUGUGCCUGAACCUGGAGGCCGACAACGUCGGUGUCUCUAUCUUCGGUAACGACCGUGCCAUCAAGGAGGGCGACACCGUCAAGCGUACCGGCCAGAUUGUCGAUGUCCCUGUCGGCCCUGAGCUCCUCGGCCGUGUUGUCGAUGCCCUGGGUAACCCCAUUGACGGCAAGGGCCCCAUCAAGACCUCUGAGCGCCGCCGUGCUCAGCUCAAGGCUCCCGGUAUCCUUCCCCGUCGCUCGGUCAACCAGCCUAUGAUGACUGGUAUCAAGCCCAUCGACGCCAUGGUUCCCAUUGGCCGUGGCCAACGUGAGCUUAUCAUUGGUGACCGUCAGACUGGUAAGACCGCUGUUGCCAUCGACACCAUCCUCAAUCAGAAGCGUUGGAAUGAGGGCAACGAGGAGGACAAGAAGCUCUACUGUGUCUACGUCGCCGUCGGUCAGAAGCGUUCCACCGUUGCUCAGCUCGUUAAGACCCUCGAGGAGAAUGACGCUAUGAAGUACACCAUCAUCGUUGCUGCUACUGCUUCAGAGGCUGCUCCUCUCCAGUACCUCGCGCCCUUCUCCGGCUGCGCUAUGGGUGAAUGGUUCCGUGAUAACGGCAAGCACGCCCUCAUCAUCUACGACGACUUGUCAAAGCAGGCUGUCGCUUACCGUCAGAUGUCGCUGCUCCUUCGUCGUCCUCCCGGUCGUGAGGCCUACCCCGGUGACGUCUUCUACCUCCACUCUCGUCUUCUCGAGCGUGCUGCGAAGAUGAAUGAGAAGUUCGGCGGUGGAUCCCUCACUGCCCUGCCAAUCAUUGAGACGCAAGGUGGUGAUGUGUCCGCCUACAUUCCGACCAAUGUCAUCUCUAUCACCGAUGGUCAGAUCUUCUUGGAGGCAGAGCUCUUCUUCCGUGGUGUCCGUCCCGCCAUCAACGUCGGUCUUUCCGUCUCCCGUGUCGGUUCUGCCGCCCAGACUAAGAUCAUGAAGAAGUUCGCUGGCUCUCUGAAGCUGUACCUCGCUCAGUACCGUGAAGUCGCUGCAUUCGCCCAGUUCGGCUCCGAUCUCGAUGCUUCCACCCGCUUCCUCCUCUCCCGUGGUGCUCGCCUUACGGAGCUCCUCAAGCAGGGCCAGUACCAGCCCUUGGCGAUGGAGAUCCAGGUCCCCAUCAUCUACGCUGGUGUGAAUGGUCUUCUCGACCCCAUUCCCGUCGACCAGAUCACCCGUUGGGAGGCUGAGUUCCGCGCUCACCUCACCUCCGCUCAGAGUGCCCUCCUCCAGGAGAUCUCCAAGGGCCAGAUCACUCCUGAGAUUGAGUCGCAGAUCAAGAAGGUCGUCGAGGACCACGUUUCUUCCUUCACCUCGUAAGCGAGACUAGACGGUAGACCGGCGACAAAAUGUUAUUAGCACUGCAUUAUCUUACCUACUAUCAUGUCUCACGUGCAAUGGAGACGCGUACUAUGCAUAGUGGCCUAAUCGUAAAAUGAGCAUGUGUGCUAUGCGCAUGAAUAGUUGUAGCGAAGUGCGUUGUGUCCGAAGGUGAACAACCC